AUCCAUGGAUGUUUACAUGUAGACCAAGCUCUGGCUUUAAAAUAAUUUUUCCGGUCGAAUUASUUCGCCUUAGGGCUUUGUCUCUAGUUUUGGUUUCUUGUAUUCUAAAGAAUCUCUACAGUAUAACGUUUGGACAUUAUUCCAAGGCUUGCAGGUAGUAUCUUAGAUGAAAGACUUCUCAAAUUUCAAUUUUCCCGCCAUUUUUCAUCAAACCUUCCUGCUCUAUUUCUCGCUUCUAAUAUCUUCAGAUGACUAUUCCUUGAUUGAUAUAAGUGCAAGGUUUAAAAAUGGCUUGGCAGAAUAAUUCUGAUGAGCAGAAUAGAAUAGAAAACAUGAAAACCGUUGCUUGUGAUGAAGCUACAGUUCAUCAAGCAAACUUGGCACCUUCUGGUCUCACAACAGACUCACCUCAAGCAUACGUCUCUGGACAGAAAUGUAAUAACUCCAUCAUAAUUUCUACAAAUAACACAACAGGCUCUUUAAAUGACAGUARUCUUUGUGCUGGUAAUGAUUUACCAUUGAAAGCGAUUACAAAUGUUUUGAAAGUCGACAACGUUAAACCUAAGCCAAGUGUGGUUAAAGACAUAGAUAAACAAUCCAAUGAAUCUGAAGAAUCUGUAAUUCCAAGUCUAACUAACGCAAUAGUCAAACAGGAACAAGCUAAUAAUCAUMCUAAUCUAGCUUUGAUCAAGAACACAUCACAUCUACUGACUAGCAAUUCAAAGUCAACUGGAGGUGCUCAAAACAGUCACUCACCAGCACUGAUUACUAUCAAAGAAGAGCCUUCUGAUAUUAGUAAAGACACACCAACAGGAUUACCCCCUGAAGGAGUUCAAGGUAUUGCAGCAUUGAUGGGUAUAUCAGGCGACACAUCUCUACCCCCUGUUAAAAUUGGGACGUGCUUGCUCUGUGGAGAUGCAUURUGUGGUACAAAUGGAAUCACAUGUGCAUCCGAUGAUGAGAGUGARGAGAAGGAAGAGUCAGAGUCUGAGAAAGAUUUUCUCCCCCCUCCCCCAAUGUCCAGCGUAGAAGUAGACAAACUGUUUUCAAAGCUUGUUGAACAAGAUAAGGAAACCUCAAUGGAGCCAGCUGCUGUUAUUACAACACAGAUGUACUUGCAUCAAAAGCAAGCUUUGCAAUGGAUGAUUACCAGGGAAAACAGCCAGGAAUUGGGACCAUUCUGGAAGGAAACUAAGUUCAGASAGGAGUGGUACAACGAAGGUACAAGAGCUUACACUUCAGAGAGACCCAACUGUAUAAAAGGUGGAAUACUAGCAGACGACAUGGGUCUUGGUAAAACUUUGACUAUUAUUGCACUGAUAUUUACCAAUCAUAUCAAUGGAAAACCGAUGUUCUUAAAGAAAGAAAUCCCUUCAAAAAAGAUCACCUUGUUUCACAGGAAAAACAAAGUUAGUGUUACAGUCAAAGAGGAAGAGCCUUCUGUGCUAAAAUCCCCUGAAUCACCAAAUGCUAUAAACAUAGAUGAUACUGAUGACAUCAUAAUGGAGACUGUUACCAAGCAACCAAACACAUCAUUGACACCCAAUUUGAAGAUAGUCAGUACAAAUCCAGCUAAUAAGGAUGUUGCCAAGGCAACACUUAUUAUAUGCCCUUUGUCAGUGUUAAGUAAUUGGACGGAUCAAAUCUGUACUCAUGUGAAUCCUGCUGUCAGUCUGAGAGUAUACUUGUACUAUGGAGCACAGCGAAUAACAGAUAUUGAAUACUUGAAAAAGCAAGAUAUAGUCCUUACCACCUAUCCCACCAUUGCUAAUGACUAUCGUAAAUCUGGAAACUCUCCACUCUACAAGAUUAAAUGGCUUCGUAUCAUUCUUGAUGAAGGCCAUACCAUCAGAAACAAAAGAACAACUAUGUCUAAAUCAGUUUUAGAGUUAGAAGGAGAACGACGCUGGGUCAUAACUGGUACACCAAUACAAAACAGAAUCGAAGAUCUUUGGGUUCUCUUGCUUUUCUUGAGACUGGAGCCUUUCAACGACAAGAAAUGGUGGAAGAUGAUGAUAGCUAACAUUUUGCAGAAACGCGGCAGACUGGCAGAGCUGGCUGACUUUCGUCUGAAUGCCCUGAUUAAGCACAUCUCAAUMAGAAGACUGAAAGAUGAGAAAGUGAAUAACAAUAAACUUGUGGAACUUCCACCAAAGCAAGUCGUGAUUCAAGAUAUUGARCUCUCUGAGGAAGAAAGAAAACUGUAUGACAUGAUGCAACUAAAAGGACAGAAAACCAUUCGUCGGUACAUCCGCGAGGAUUCUGUUCUCAAGCAUUAUGGCCAUUGCUUUUUCAUUAUCAUGAGACUAAGGCAAAUGUGCAUUUACCCACAACUAUGUAAAGAAACYUUGACUGAACUUAAAGAGGCUCUACAGCGAGCCGAGGAAGCUGAAACCAAUCAAAACGACGAAGCAGAGGAUGAUGAAGAUGACAGUAAUGCUCAUUUGAUCAAGAUCCUGAUAGAAGCCAUUGUUGCCGGGGAUAGCGAGGAAUGUGCUGUGUGUUUGGAGUCAUUAACAGAUCCAGUCAUCACCCCUUGUGCUCAUGUCUUUUGUUCUGCUUGCAUCCGGGAUGUUUUACAGUCAGAAGGUCUUGCGCCAACAUGUCCAAUGUGCAGAGGUCCUGUUAGUGAGAGUGAUCUUGUACAUGUUCCUGAAGAGCAACUACGUAACAUAAACAACGAUCAGUCAACCAACGACGAUGACAGUGAAAAGGACUCUCAAUUCGAGGGUAGUGCUAAGAUCACUGCAUUAAUCAGCUCUUUGGAAGCCAUCCGCGAUAAGGACCCGUCAAUCAAGAGUGUUGUAGURUCCCAGUUUACGUCAUUUCUUAAYAUAGUAGCUGAGAACCUUAACCGACGAGGCUUUCAUUAUCUUCGUCUGGACGGAACGAUGAACAUCAAUGAGAGAAGGAAAGCACUGGAAGACUUUAAUGACGAUGGCUCGGCCACAGUCUUCUUGCUGUCAAUGAGUGCCGGGGGGACUGGGAUAAGUUUGACUGCUGCUUCAAGAGUCUUCUUGAUGGAUCCAGCAUGGAAUCCAGCAGUAGAGGAACAGUGUUUUGAUCGCUGUCACAGAAUGGGGCAAACUAAUGAAGUCAUCAUCACCAAGUACAUCGUUAUGGAUUCCAUCGAAGAGCGCAUGCUCACACUUCAGGAGCAAAAACGUGCUCUAAUGACGGACGCGUUUGGCGCCAAAGCACAAUCUGAAGAGGACAGACGACGUACCAGAGUCCGGGAUAUCGCRCACUUGAUGGGUCURCAGGCCUCUAGACCAGUGGUUAAUCACAAUGCUUAUAUAGCAUGAUGUGACUUCAAGAACAGACUUGAAUCAAAUAGUUUAUGCUACAACCUCUGGAUUAAUACGUUUAUAAAUAAUAUGGAUUUUUUUGAAAUUUUUACUCGAGGAUUAAUUUGUUUAUUAUUUUUGCAUGUCACGCUAUAUACAGAGCAUAUAUACAUAGAAUAUAGAAAGCCAGUAAUAGAAAUAACUGACUUGUUAAUACAUAGAGGUAAUUUUGUUCUAAUGCGGUAGAAUGUGCACACACUGUAGAUUCGCGCUUUUGAAUAUUGUUAAAUGUUGUUACUGUUCGUGAGAUAUUUUUAAAAAARCAAAUGAAGUUGUUUUAUUUUUCGAGAAUCAAUGAACUUUGAAAUUUUACAAAUUUGACUGAAAUCACCAGAUACAUUAAUUAAAAAAAGCCAAYCAUUGAAA